CUGCGGAGUGAGGCAGUGGAAGUGGCGCGAGAGUUGGCGUUCAGCAACUCACAGGUUGAGGCUGAAUGGCGUCGCUGGCGAGACACGCGGGUGUUGGAGACGACGGAGAGUUUAACCGCACUGACGGGUGCCUACGUAGUCUAUUGGAAUGCUGUGGCUGAGGCCUGGCGUGAUGCCGCGGCCUUAUUGAAAGCACCAGUGUCAUCAAGACAGUUCUCAAUGGAGGGCUCCAUCAUGGAGGCAAGUCCACAGGUUGCAUCACACUACGCCACUUCUGAGUCUGCAGAGGAUUUGUGGAAUGUGGUAGGAUGUAACACUGAUGUUAAAGAAGGGGAGAUUGAGAAUAAGAGGGAACAGGAGUGGCCGCACGCGGACUUGUGGGAGUCGUCCUUGAGAUCGCCAUCACCAUCCGUCAAAUCGGGAGGCGUGGAUGUGAGGAAUGGGGAGGCUGUUGGAGAGGUGUUGAAUUGCUCUCAAUCAAAUACAAGUACAGAUGAGGCCGAAGGGGGGAGGGAAGGGAGGACUGCUGGUAAUCCGUCGAAUUGCAACUCCUUGGAGAAUUCGGCGGAAGGAGGAGUAAAGGAGAGAGGAUGGAGUGACUGUGGAGGUGCAGAAGAUUCAGGCAAGCAGGCAUAA